CUGUGGUCUGCUGCUUCUUGCUAAGCUUGCAUGAGAGAAGUUUUGUUUAGUGAUUGUGCAGUUAUAUUUGUCUGGAAAAAGAUCGGUUAAUAAACAGGAUAUACUUUCAUAUAUUUCGUAAAAAAGCCGACAAUUUUACCUUGGAACGAACGUCACCUGUGUACGGACAGUUCGAUUUUUAAAAUAUUAAAGUGAUAGUGAUUUUAACAUAGGUACCUCCUACUCAAAUCAGGCACAGGGCACUCUAGGUGCCCUUUCAUUAGUUAAUCACCAUACAAGCAAGCAGAAUGACAGUGCAACCGCUGAGAACGAAGCCCUUGAAAAUUCUUCGCACUUACCUCAACACAUAAAGUUGUACACAAACUGUUGACAAUCAGUGAUAUUAUAAAAUAUAUUAUAAAUAAUUAUAUUCGUUCCUCACGAGUGAUAUUAGUAUAGUAAGCGGUGCCAUUGAGUAGAAAUAAGUGAAAUAAGUGAUAUAAGUGAAAUAACAAUGAAGUGGUUAAGUUUUCUGCUUCUGGUGGCGGCUGUGCGCGCUGACCGGAGUAAACUACCUCCUACUUGUGAUAGUAUGAUAUAUUGCCAUGGGCCCUUGCUGGACACGGUGCAAAUGGCGGGUCUGUACAAUGACUCCAAAACCUUCGUAGAUAUGAAAAUCAAGCUGUCUCCGAACAUCACUAUGGAGCACUUCCAUCAAAUGAUGAACAGGACAGGAUCCCGACCGACCAAGGCUGAUAUUUUAGAGUUUGUCAAUCAAAACUUCGAUCCCGAAGGCUCAGAGUUUGAAGACUGGAGACCUACGGACUGGAAGGAUAACCCUGCGUUCCUAGACAGAAUAAAGGACCCAUUGCUGCACCAAUGGGCGUCAGAUCUGAACAAAUUGUGGUUGGAACUGGGCAGGAAGAUGAAGGAUGACGUCAAACUUAACCAGGAUCUGUAUUCUAUUAUCUAUGUGGAUAACCCUUUUAUUGUGCCUGGUGGUCGUUUCCGUGAAUUCUACUAUUGGGACUCGUAUUGGAUUAUAAAAGGUCUCCUUCUAUCUGAAAUGCGUUCCACUGCUAAGGGAAUGGUGUCUAAUUUCCUGGAUGUCGUCGAUCGGAUCGGUUUUAUACCUAAUGGGGGCAGAAUUUAUUAUAAGAUGAGAUCACAACCCCCGCUCCUGAUUCCAAUGGUGAAGUUAAUAUAUGACGAUUCGUCUGAUCUCGAAUAUCUAAGGAUGCACAUUCACACCCUAGAUAGAGAAUUUGAUUAUUGGGUAACCAAUCACACAGUGGAGUUCAAACAUGAAGGACAAACGGUUAAACUAUGGAGGUAUACUGAUCAAUCUCAAGGCCCAAGGCCGGAAAGUUACAAAGAAGACAUCGAUUGUGCUAAGCAUUUCGAUACAGAAGACAAGAAAGAAGAAUUGUAUGCUGAGUUAAAAGCGGCAGCGGAAUCUGGGUGGGACUUUUCAUCUAGAUGGUUUAUUCUUAAUGGAACUAAUAAAGGUAACCUAACAAAUCUCAAAACCAGGUCUAUAAUACCAGUAGACCUAAAUGCUAUAAUGUGUUGGAACGCACAACUAAUGUCGGAAUUCCACGCACUACUGGGAAAUACAGACAAAGCCGGGUACUAUAGGAAUGUGCAUGCGGAGAUGUUGGACGCGAUUGAAAAGGUAUUAUGGCACGAAGACGUCGGUGUCUGGCUGGAUUUCAGUCUAGAAUCUGGCAGGCGCAGGGAUUACUUCUAUCCGUCUAACAUAGCGCCUCUAUGGACUGGCUGCUAUGAUAAAGCCAGGAAAGAGUACUAUGUGAACCGGGUCAUCAAUUAUUUGGAUAAAGUAAAGGUGGACAUAUUCGAAGGUGGUAUCCCCACGACCUUCGAGCACUCUGGUGAACAAUGGGACUACCCCAACGCGUGGCCCCCACUCCAGUACAUCUUCGUGGUGGGGCUCGACAGCACCGGUCUACCUGAAGCCAAGAGAUUGGCCAAUGAAAUCGCUACUAAAUGGGUCAGAUCGAACUUUGAAGUGUGGAAGCAGAAAACCGCUAUGUUGGAAAAGUACGACGCAACGAUUUUCGGCGGCUACGGGGGUGGGGGUGAAUACGUGCUACAAACCGGUUUUGGCUGGACCAAUGGGGUUGUUAUGGCACUGCUUAAUCGAUAUGGAGAUACGUUAUACGCAGCGGACGCGUUCGGCGCGAGCGGCGUGCUGCCCGCCGCCGUCGGCUCCGGCAGCGUGCUCACUGCGCUGCUGGCUGUAUUUGCGUCACUAGCUGCGGGGGCGUUAGGAUUACUAGUCUACAAAAGACGCAAAGAUUACACUCCUCUGGUGAGUGGGGAGGAUCUGAAACUCCUCUCCCGAAGGCCGUACACGGAACUACGGAGUCUGAACGGUACUUCGGACCCCAGACAGCGGUGAACAAAAAUGCCCCUACCAUUGUCAAUAGUUGUUACAUAUUCAGUUCGUAUCGAGAUCGAUGUGACUAUAGAAAUCUUCCAAUAAGUACUGUUGAGAGAAAUUUGUAAUGGGACAAUGUGACUAUUUUUGGUGUAUUAGUAUUCAAUUAAUAAAUACAUUAAAUUAACGUUCGUUUAAAGAAUACAGUCAUAUAAUGACGAUAGCAAUGUUACGCUUUAGCUUUCACAAUUGCUCAGUAUCACGAAUAGACACCUCGAAUUGUUUUCGAGUCGAAUAACAAAUGGUAGGGCCAAGGGUCUAAUUCUAUUGGAUCCAAACAGUACAAACUUGGUGUCAAAGGAGUUUGUAAUAUACCAGUUCUUCAACGUGCUGUGAAUGAAACUCUUAUGUAUAUAGACUGUAGGUUCAUUUUGCUCUGUAGUAUUGUAUAGCGCAACCAAAUAGUCAAUAUAUUUGAUAUAUUUUUUUUAAUCAAAAAUAAUGUAAUUAUCGAGUUUUAAUAGUAACAACUUUGGUUGAAUUGUGAAAUCAUGGUAAUGGAAUAUUUGGAGUUAUAUUUUCACUUCAAGUAAAAAUUGGCACAAAAUAUAAAAUGUUCAUUUGGACGGAAUAUUAGAUUAUUAUGCUUUUUGAUUUGUUGGUUUGUAAUUAAAGCAAUAUUUGUAUACAUAACAUUUGUAUACGUGGCUGGUUUGAAAUCACAUUUUUACCGAAAUAAAAACUAGUAUAUUUUUAUUGUGACUAUUGACAUAUCAAUUAUUGUAUUUUUUUUCUGACGUGAAUAUAUUUUUACUUAAAUGGACUCAGAUUUAUAAGGCCUUCACAAGACGUUGGAUUUAAUAAUAUAAACGGGGGUCUUCAAGCGUAGAGUGAACAGGUGCCUUCUAGGGAAGCGCG